AUGGCAGCCACCAAGAAUUCCCACGAGCACUUCCUAGUAGCGAUCCGCCAAUUCGCUCCAGUCGAGUCGUUCAUCCCAAGUUCGAUCAUGCCCCGCAAGAGCUCGGGUCCCAAGAAGCCUACGACAAUCGCUGGCGCUUACAGCGAGGACUCGGCCAUUGCUCCGGUCGAAGAGUGGAACAUAAAACUUUUGAACGCGGUAUUGAAGAUCGCGAAAGAGGGCUUCCGUACCCAAGAGAUCCGCAGCGCCAUCGCCGCCCAAGCUCGGCUUCGCCAUCGCAGCCUCUGCAUCGACAACAACUUCCAUUCUAUCUGCGUAUCGUCGGAAGACGUUGACCUUGCAAGACAGGCCCUCACCAUCCAGCAGGACAAUUGCCGCAGCGACUCAUCCAACUCGACCAACAGCACCGCCGGUAGCAGUAUCGACAUCGAGGAUGACGCGAAGGGAAAUAUGGUGCUUGGCAUGUACGAGCUCACUGCUGGUCUUCCUGCGUCUCAGAUCAAGAAACUCAUCGCGCGAUUCGACGGCAACCCGAAACCCAUCAUCACAGAGGACCGCAAUCACAUGGUCGCCACCUGCAAGUUGCUACUCCAUACGCUCAUCCGUCUGGUUAAAGAGAUGGUUUGUGAGGAUGCGACCGGCCACCCGAUCGUAUUCGAGCACGAGUCGGAGCUCAACCACGACAUCGGUCGCAUCGUGCACCGCGCCAAGGUCGCCGGGCUACUACGCAAGAAUAUCGAUAUCUCAAGUGCGGACAACGACGACUGCUACAUGGCAUACAGAGGCUUCAGAGCCCUCAAUGUGACACAGAUUGUCCGGUUCCUGGAAGGUCGCACUGGCAUCCGCUUCAUACCCGCUUCACUUUUCUCCCGCUAUGUCGCCUUCUACGAUUGGCCGGAGUCGGAGCUCAACAAGUACCGCCAGCCGCUGAUCAAGCACCUCUCCGAUCUUCCUCCCAACGUCGGCUACAUUGAAGACUUGCGCGGCCUUGGCAGCAGCAGCGGCGGUAGUCACAUUUUCUGGUAUUGGGAAGAGCUGCGUCAGGAGCUGGGUCUGACGAGCGAGGACUAUGACGACGAGCGUUCCGUUGAUGGUCAUUGCGUCCACGUGAAAGAAGCGUGGUUCAUGAGCUCUUGA